AUGAUUAAAACUAGUUAUUAAACAAAAAAUAGAAAUUGUUAUCACGAAUUUAUUUGUUGCACUUGUAUUUUUUUUUCUUUUUUAAUUAUGGUAUUAAGUAACAUUACUGUUGUUGUUAUUAUUAAUUAAUUUGUUAUACCAAGUGUUGAUAAAAAUAAUUGUAUAUAAAAUUUGAUAUAGAAGUGUGUAUAGCUAAUUAAUUUUAGUUUAUAUGGGUAUAGGUGUGUUAAUUAGUGAGUCGUAUGUGAAUAUCUGAGAUUUUAAAUGAUAGCAAAAAUAAGCAAAUUUGAUAUGAAAAAAUUGAUAUUAUUGAUCAUACACUUUUAAAAAAAUAACGAUUAUUGAAAAUUUAAUUGUGAAUAAAAAUAAAGUAUCUUUUUUUUUUAAUUUGAGUUAUAUUUAAAAAUAGUUAUUUGCUGGUGAAAUGUUUAUGGCCAAGUAUGGUGGUAUUAACGACAAUUGUAGUUUUCGGGAAAAAUUUUACCAGUUCACAUAUGGGUUGUGGGAAUGAAUUAUCAUAGACGAAAUAAAAAAACCGUUGUAAUCAUGAAACCCAUUUUUUUGUGCUAGUUAUACCAAAAUAAUAUUACAUUACCUUGGCUUUAAUUGAAUUAUUGAUGGCAAUAAAAUUGGAAUUGAUAAUUUUUCCAACUCAAAUCUUCAGGGAAUUUAGUCCACUUGACGUUAGUCUGACUUGAUAUUAUAAUGAACGCAUGAAGUAGACAAAUUGCACUCUUGAUCAAUUGUUCGCAUUCCUCAAUUCAAUUUGAAAGGUAAUAGCUUGCCAAAAAAUUUUAACAACUUGGUUAUUAAUAUAAUAAAAUAGAAAUUUCACUUUUAAGUACUGGAAGAUUAAAUAAACAUGUAAAAUACGUGAGCCAAAAAAUAUAAAAAAAAUGUAAAUACUGAAAAUAUAAUACUAUCAAUCAAAUUAAAAAUAAUUAGAACACUUCACUUAUAUUUGUCGCAAAUAUAUGUGUAGAUUCUUUAUUAUGUUAUUUUGUUUUCAAAUAAUAAAAACACGAACAGCAUAUGUAUCAGUGAGUCCAAUGUCUAUAUAUUGCCUAGGUCAUCAUGUUAAUCCAGUUAUUAAAUUAAAAGCCAAUGACAGAAUGAAAUUUUAUUCUGAAUUUUCAUGUGUAAUGGAUUUUAAUAGUAGCUGCCUGUUCGAUUCCAAAGAAAGUUUCAACAUCGAAAUUAAGUGCUUAAAAUCAGUGAUACGUAAAAAAAAAGUUUUUUACAAAAAUAAUAAUAAUUGUGUGAAAAAUCUUUUUUUUAGUAGGGUAGUGACAUGAUUUCGUGGAAGGACUGGUAAUUAAAAUAUGAGUGAGGUCAGUAGGUCGAAAGGCUUUUAAGCAUUUUUAAGUCACGUACGAAAUUUUUAUCCACAUCUUGUAGUGUCAGUGUGUUUUUUUGACCAUAUAAACUAAAACUAAUUUUGCCAUUAUACACCAUCAAAAUACCUUAAUGUACAGAAAUACGCCACUAAGGAUUUUUAUAAUGAGAAAUCGAAAUCUUCUGUAGUGGUGAUUUAUCAUGAUGAGCUACGUCUAGCAAUAAUAUAAAUCCAAUUUUAAAUGUGUAUUCUUAAAUUUAUAUUUGAUCAACAUAAACAAGUGGCUCAUAAGUUAAUUCGAAAAAUAAAAAAAGCCAUAAUGUUUUUUAACGAUAUUGAUGAGAGGAUGGGUUAUCCUAGGAUUGUAAAAAGACAGAAAUGAAGUCAUCAGUGUCAGCGUUUAGAGCUCAGGCGAGUGCCCAUCGUAAGAUCCUCAUGAACUAUCAGCAUCAGCUGAGUUACGGUGCUACAACGCAUCAUCAAACGUCGUCAACACGAAAUCCAGUUGAUCCCGCAUCAUUUCUCACUGGCCUCAAGGUAGAUCGUUCGGAUAACGAUGAGUCCCAAAAUCGAGGUAUAAUGUCAUCAUCAGGUCAUGGUAGUGGUGCAUGUGAAUCAAGAGUUGUUCCAGUAAUUGACUCUGGAAGUAGUGCACUAUCAUCAUUGCCUCAAUCAUUGCCAACAUCACGUGACGAAGAGGACGAUGAGGAAGAAGAUGACGAUAGUAGUUGUCAACCAUCGCACGAAAUACCAUGGUCCAGAAGUACAAAUGGUGUAUUAUCAUUAAAACAUAAUGCUGGUGAUAGUUGGCGUAAAUUACGAACAACGGUACAUAUAUCAUCAGCAUUGUCAACAAUACAAAAAAAACAACAGUUAAAACGUGAAGAUUCAUUUUUAAAAAGAUUUUCAACACGUCAAAUACCAGAAAGUCAAGAUACACUUGAUACUGGUGACUGUGAUGGUGAUAAUCCAGAUGAUAAAGAUUUAUCAAGACCAAGACGACCAAGAAAAGUACAACAAGCACCAACAACUGUUGUCAAUCCAGAUGAAAACUUUUAUUAUUAUUGGUUAAUGUUAUUAUCAUCGUGUGUACUUUAUAAUUUAUGGACAUUAAUUGUGCGUCAAAGUUUACCAGAAUUACAACAAUUAUCACCAAUUGUAUGGCUUGGAUGUGAUUGUUUUACUGAUAUUGUUUUUUUCAUGGAUGUUAUUAUACAAUUUCGUACUGGUUAUUUGGAACAAGGUUUAAUGGUUUAUAAUACAAAAAAACUAGCUAGUCAUUAUGUUCAAUCAAGAGCAUUUAUACUUGAUUUAUUAGCAUUAUUACCAACUGAUUUGUUACAAUUUAAUUUUGGUAGCAAUCCAUUAUUGAGAUUUCCAAGAUUUUUAAAAGUUUAUAGAGUUUAUCAUUAUUAUUAUAUGGUGGAAUCAAGAACAGUCUAUCCAAAUUUAUGGAGAGUAUUUAAUUUGAUACAUAUUUUAUUGAUUCUUGCCCAUUGGUUUGGAUGUUUUUAUUACUUGCUGAGUGAAGCGGAAGGAUUUCAGGGUGACUGGGUCUAUCCAUAUCGUCCUGGUGAAUAUGCAACACUUACGAGAAAAUAUCUUGGUUCACUCUACUGGUCAACACUCACAUUGACCACCAUUGGUGAUUUACCAACUCCAGAAACAAAUGCUGAAGUCACUACGGGCGGAAACCCCCGGAGCCUCGCUCGUCGCGGCCGACUGUCUCGACUUCUGCAGUUCAAGCAUAACGGAGGAUACGUAUUCACGAUUGUGAGCUACCUCAUCGGAGUCUUCAUAUUUGCAACAAUCGUGGGACAGGUUGGCAAUGUUAUUACCAAUCGUAAUGCAAACAGACUUGAAUUUGAGAGACUACUUGAUGGUGCUAAGACGUAUAUGAGGCAUCACAAGGUACCAGGUGGAAUGAAACGACGAGUACUCAGAUGGUACGAUUACAGUUGGUCAAGAGGAAGAAUACAAGGGGGUGGUGAUAUCAAUACUGCUUUGGGUCUCCUGCCUGAUAAACUCAAAACUGAGCUUGCUCUUCAUGUCAAUUUAUCUGUACUCAAGAAAGUAACAAUAUUUCAAGCCUGCCAACCAGAAUUUCUACAUGAUUUGGUACUUAAAAUGAAAGCUUUCAUUUUCACUCCAGGCGACUCAAUAUGUCGCAAAGGAGAAGUCGCUCGAGAAAUGUUUAUAAUUGCUGAUGGAAUUCUUGAAGUCAUUAGUGAAACUGGUCGAGUUUUAACGACAAUGAAAGCUGGUGAUUUUUUUGGAGAGAUUGGUAUAUUAAAUCUUGAUGGUCUCAACAAACGGACAGCUGACGUUAGAUCCGUUGGUUAUUCUGAGCUUUUUAGUCUCUCGAGAGAAGAUGUCUUGGCAGCCAUGAAAGAUUACCCAGAAGCGCAAGAGAUCUUGCAAAAUCUGGGAAGACAACGGCUUCAAGAAGCUCAACGUGUUGCUCGUGCGUUUCGAAAAAUUUCUACAUCACCUGGUCAUGACUCAUCUGACAAUAGUACAAGCAAACGACUUGUUAAAGGACUUACAAGUGUUUUACGAAAAAGUCGUCGUCACGCUCGACGUGAUGAUGCCAUAGAACUUCAGCCUUUAACUAGUAAAGUACCUCCUUUACGGCGUCAAACAAAAAUCGAUGACGAACAAACUGAAGAAACGGGUGUUUUGAAUGAACCUUCAAUUUCGCCACUUGGCGCAGGACUUCCACUACUAGCGCGGCUUCAUCUUUUGAAAGAAAAACAAGAACGUGAAGAAAAACGUCAUCUUAUGGAUCCGCAAGUUGGUCCAAGUGAAACAAUACGACCACAAAUAUCUGAUCACCCACUUCCAGAAAUAAAUCCUGGUUUACCACUAUUAGAAAGGAUAUUGCUACUUAAGAAUAAAAAUGAACCUGAAGUAGUUAUUGAUAAAGAUGCAGUAGAUAUUAAAGAUCCGAUUUUUUAUUCAGUUGUACCAAAACAUAUAUUAGUAGAUGAUAAAAUAACUAGUAGUGAUUCAGUAUCCAUUGAUAGCGAUAAUUGUGAAAUAAUGAAAAAACCGUGGGCAAUGCUUAAAAAUGCAUCUUUGAGAGUUAAAGAAAUGCCAGAUAAAAUUAGUCCACCAAUGACCUCCAAAAUUACGAGACAACCAAGUUUUAUUCAAACUCAACCACCAACGAAAAUGUAUACUUCUAUUGAUGAUCUCUCACCAGAAUACUGUGGUCUUCCAUUUGUUAAAAAACUAAAAAUUUUGAAUGAAAGACAAAAACUUGCAGAGUUAGAAAGAGUUGUUCGGAGUUCAAGUUUAGAUUACGGUGAUAAUGCUGAAGCAGAAUUUGAUGGAUACUUAACGAGGAGUUAUUCCGAGGCUUGUGCAAUUGAAUAUGCAAGAAAAUUAGCAAAAUAUAAUAAACAAUGCUGGAACGAGCGAAAUAAACCAUUAGAUUUAUUGACUAUUGAAAAUGAAACUCUUGAAAGGCGAAAUUUAAAAAGUAUCCUUAAGAAAUUAUCAGCUGGAAGUAGAACCAGUUCAGAUGCGUCAGCCACUCCACCCGAUCCAGAAAUGGUUACGGCCGAGUUGAAGAAAUUGAUGAGAGCACCAACGAUCGAAGGAUAUGCUGCAAGACAUUCAAAGCUUUCUAAAAGUGUUACAUUCAACAAGUAUACACUUCAGAGUCCACCGUCUGAUGAAGCAUUAUCACAAAAUCAAAAUUAUCAUGCAAAACAAGAGCAAAAAUCUGUAUUACCGCUUAAUAAACGUAAUGUCCGUCCUUUUACUAGUGGUACGCAUAUGGGAUCGAUAUCAGGAGACGAUGAACACCUUGAAGAAUUAGUUACUGGAAUAUGUGGAGUUAUUCAAAAUCGUUUGGAGAAUGUUCAAUGUAAAUUUGAGCAUAAAAUCACAUCGCUAGAGUUAGAAGUUCAAAAGCGUGAUGACAUAAUAACACAAUUACGUAGUCAAAUUGAAAAUUUAGAAAAAAGUAAAGGGUCAAUUAAUGAUGAUGGCGAUGAUAAUGAUUCUAAUGAUGAUAAUACCGAAGCUGAUGCUUCAUUUGAAGAUGAUACAAUAGAUGAUCAGCCAUUCAUGAGGGACGGAUCAGUGGACACAGUUUUAACAACACUAAGACCAGAACUACGACGAUCAUCAACGGUAAUAAAAAAUUCUAAUAAACGUCGUUCGUGGGAAGAACAUUCAGAAGAAGAAACACUUCAGUUACACGAUUUACCAAGGUCAAUAACGCCCCAGAAUAUAUGGAAAGAUGGAGUCGCAAUAAGUUUGGAGUCAGACAAUGAUGAUGAAAGUCAUGAUGAUGAUAAAGAAGCUAUACGAAACAGAAGAAGAAGUGCUGAUGAUUAUGCUGAUGAUGAGCCAGGUCAUAAUAAUUGGGAAAUAACUAUGCUGGCUCAACAACUAGAGGCUAAGCGACGUGGCAGUAAUAAUCCUAGUCUUGGUUCCUAGCGUAUCAAUAAUUGUUUUUCAAUUAUCUUAAAGCAAAGGUACAAUUUCUUUUUUCAAAUGAAUCAGUAUAAAAAAAAAAAAAUAUGGCCAUGCUACUUACACCAGGUAUUUGUAAUAAAAAUAAAACGUUUCUUAAUUUAUUUAUUUAUUUAUUUUUCUUUUUAGAUUAAUAUUUAAAGAUAAUAGAAAAAUAAACAUAAGCCAUAUUUAUUUUCAUUCAUAACUUGAUUGUCUAAAAUCAAGGACUAGUAUUAGAUAAUAAUAUUUGUUUAUGGAAAAAUAUAUUGAAAAUCAUCCGUUUUCAUAUUAGAUAUCCAAUAAACAUCAUAUGACAUUUAUUACUGUAAUUUAUGUUUUAUAAAAUUUUAUGUAAAUUAUUGAUUAACAAUUUUUUAAUUUAAUGGUUCAAAAAUUAAAAAAUAUAAUUUACCUAUAUAUUCACAGAUGCCUGAUGAAGAUACAUUAUAUCCUAAUUAGGAUAAUCUAGAUGUUUAAUAAAUAAGUAUUUAUUGAUUACUUGUUGAUUUCAUUAAAAAAAAGUUUUGUUAAUAAAAUAUAUUUUUACGGUUUUUUUUUUAAAUAUCUUUUUUCCGACACAUUUAAUGUCAUUAUUACGAAUGACUGUAGAAUUAAAAACGGAAAAAAAAUAAAGUAAACAAAUUAUCGAGGGAACAGAAUUUAAAAAAUGAAUUAUGAUUUUUCAAAAAGAAAUAAUUAUAUAGAUAAAAAUAAAUGUGAGCUGUGAAAGGUACUUAUUACCUUGAUAAGUUUAAAAAAGAUUAAGUACUGUAGAAAACUAUAAUAGUAAACAAGAUACAAGAUAAAAUUAUUAUAGCAGAUAAGGAUGUUUUCAAGUCUGAUAUCAAAUUUGUUAAUAAACGAUUUGUUUAUUAACAGUAUAUAACAGAACAAAUGACACGAAUUUAUAAUUAUGGAAAUAAAAAAUAUUCUAGUGCUGUAUUUUGUUUUUAGAAUAAAAUAUUUAAAAAAACCGAAAAAAAAAAAAAAAUAUUAAAAUUUAUAUAAAAAAUAUUGCAAUGACUUGUAUAGUUAUUUAAGGUAUAAUUGAUGGAUUUGUCAACAAGCUGUUAUAAAAGAUCAUAGUAUGAACAAGAUCAAAGUUUAAUUGACAAAAAAUUGACCGUCCUUAAAAUUAAAAUAUUCGUAAUCAAAGUUUAUUUGUUAAUAAAAAUA